AUGUUAGAAAAAGAUAGUGAAUCAAAAAAAGAAUAUUCAAAAAUAGGUGAAAAUAAUAUUACUAAUUUAAUUGUAAAAAGGAUUAAUAAUUAUCCAUGGUCAAUAUGGCCAAUAAUGUUUUUAUCACUUAUUGGAAUUUUUAGAAUAUUUACACCAAAAUGGUUAACAUUAAAUGAAAUUUCAUUAAUGUUUCUAGUAACAGUUAUAAUAUUAAUCAUAUUUACAUGGUUAGAAAGAGUUUUAAGAAAUCAGGAAUGUAAUAAAAUUGAUAUAAAAUUAUUACAAUCAUUAUUAACAGAAAAUAAAAAAUUAAAAACUAUUUCAUUAGUAAAUGAGAUAUUAAAAGAAUUAUGGCCUUAUGGAACUGAGUAUGUUGCAAGUAUAAUUAAACAAAAAAUUGAACCAAUAAUUCAAAAAGAAUUACCAAGUAUUGUGGGAAAUUUUAAGUUUGAUUUUAUUGAUCUUGGAACAAAAUCUUUACAAAUAUAUCCUACUAAAUGUGAAGUUAAUGCAAAAAAUUCAGAUAAAAUGACAAUUGAAAUGAAUUUAGUAUAUGAUGGUGAUGGAGCAAUAGAGGUAUUAAUUGGUAAAAUAUUAGGUGGUAUAGAAAAUAUUACAUUUAGAGGUAAAAUUCAAUUAAUUUUUGAACCAAUAAUUUUAAAACCACCAUUUUUUGGAGAAAUUAAAAUAACUUUUAUUGAAAUUCCAAUUUUAAAUUUUAAAAUGACAGGUUUAGGAAAACUUCCUGGAAUAGGUGAAGCAGUGAUCAAUAUUAUUAAUGAUUUAAUAAAAUCUAAUAUAGUAUAUCCUAAAAGUGUAACAAUACCUAUUGCAAAUGAAAAAAAUAUUAAACAAAGCUUAACUAUUAAAAAUAUACGUGAUGGGAUAGCUGAAGAAACAGAGAUCAAAAAACUUACUGCAAUGACAAAUGUUGGGAGGGUCUUUUUAUUAGGUGGUGAAAGUACUAAUAAGAAGAUGGCAGAUAAUAUAUUUUUUGAUAUAAAAUCAAAUAAUUAUUAUAAUGGUCCUGGAAUGAUAAGACAAAGAAAAAAAUUUAAUACAAUAUUUUAUAAAGAUAAAAUUUUUGGUAUUGGUGGUAUUUAUGAAAAUAAGAAUCAAUCAUAUAUAACAGGAUCUGUAGAAGUUUUAGAAUUAAAUAAACGUAGAUGGAAACUUUUAAAAACAGAAUUAUAUAUUCCAAGGCAUUCUUUUGGUUGUGAACUAAUAAAUGAUAAUGUUUAUGCAAUUGGUGGUGAUAAUACAGAAAAAUAUCUUGAUACAGUAGAAAUAUUUGAUUUUGAAAAACAAAAAUGGUACUAUAGUGUAUCAAUGAUAACAUCCAACACAGCAUUUGCUUCAUGUACAUUAAAUAAUAUAUUAUAUACUAUUGGAGGUGUAAACAAUUCAUCACUAUCAUUUUUUGAUUAUAGAGAAGGAAAAUGGAUAUUAGGUGAAAAUAUGAAUGAUUCCAGAAUAUAUUGUACAGCACAUGGAAUUGGUAAUAAUAUCUAUGUAGUUGGUGGUUACAAUGACUUCAAUGAGCCAUUUAAAAGUAAAAUUGAAAUAUAUGAUAUUCGUAAUAAUAAAUGGAGAUACGGUUCUUCUAUGUCAACUGCUCGUGCUUGUCAUAGUAGUAUAAUUAUUGGAAAUAUUAUCCAAGUUUAUGGAGGACAAACUCAAAAUCAUGAAAUUUUAAAUAGUGUUGAAUACUAUAACAUUAAUAAAAAUAUAUGGAUUGAUGGUCCUAAGAUGAGUAUACCUAAAACAUUUCUUUCUAUUCCUAAAAAUUAUUAA